UGGGAAGUCUUGCAUAUCAAUAUGGAAGUCCAAUAUCGUCAACUGGCAAUUCUGGACUUUCCCGAACCGGAUCUGCUCGCGACUCUCGUGACAGCCUACUUCACCCAUUUCAAUCCCUGUCUCCCAGUACUGCAUCGAAAAAUAUUCGAAGCUACUCUUGCCACGGGCCGUCACCUUGUCGACCCUCAGUUCGGCUCUACAGUGCUUGGGGUCUGUGCUCUAGGAUCCAAAUACUGUGAUGAUCCCAGAGUGAUUCUUGAGGGCACGAACUCGACUUUGAGUGCCGGUUUCAGAUAUUAUCGGCAAUUGAAGCCUGUAGUUACAUUCCAUACCCGGCUGAUCACCCUGUAUGAAGCCCAAACCCUUUGUUUGUACAUGCUAUAUUUACAAGGGUCAUCCCAGCAAAGGGGCUGCUGGGCUCUUGCAGGAAUGGGAAUGCGGUCCCUUGUGGCCGUUGGCGCGCAUCGGAGAAACAGAUUUAGUGAUAAACGCGAAGAGGAACAGUGGAAGUUUGUAUUCUGGAUUAUGCUUGCCGUAGACCGAAUAUCUAGCUGGAGUACCGAUAGACCAGUCGCCAUCUCAUCAGAGGACUGCGACGUGGAAUAUCCAUUAUAUUCAUCUGAGCAGGAUUUUGACGAGAUAUCUCCCACAGAGAAUUCGAAUCCUCCGUUCAUGUCUUAUUUCGUAGCUUAUCUCAAGCUUAUCGAUAUUAUUGGACUAGCGAAGUCCAAGAUCAACUCGACACCCAAGAAAGACACGAUGCGUCUUCAAGCUGUAGUUGCUGAUAUCGAUUCCGCUCUGAAUGCGUGGAUGGAUGCCGUACCGGAACAUUUGCGAUGGAAUCCAUACAUGGAAAACCCGCUGUUUCUAACACAAAGCGCCAUUUUGCAUGCUCAGUUCCAUCACAUCCAAAUACACAUACAUCGAAUCUUUAUUGUGUAUUCUGGCCAUCAGUCUUCUCAGAUGUCUCUGAACUCGAGCGCCUCAUUGGCGAUAUGUGCUAAUUCGGCACGGGCAUGCACACAUAUCAUGGCCGCUGCCAUCAACCGGGGAUCAAAAUUCCACUCGCAUAUCUUGACACCAGUGUUCUAUUCGGCCAUCAUUCUCCUCGUGCACAUCUGGGUGGGCCGGUCAACGGGUAUGAAAGUCGACCUUGCGAAAAACGUCAAGGACGUCGAGACUUGCCUGCUCAUUUUACAAGCAAAUGAGGGUCGAUGGCAGACAGCUGGCCGACUUCGGGAUAUCAUCCUAGAAGUAAUGCAUGCCGCGCAACUUGAUCUCAGCCAGAAUGGCGAAGAUUCUCGAAAGCGGUCGCGUGGGGGAGAGGAUCAUGACGAGUUCUUCACCGGAUAUCACGAAAACCCUCAGUCUGUUGAAGCAAGCGUAGAAGGGCCGAAAGACGGAAGCGAAGCAUCAUCCUGGCAGCCCGGCCAGCACUUCGACAACUUCUUCGCAGAUCCCGAGUGGAAUGAGUGGGGAGGGUAUAUGAAUUUGGAUGCGUUGUUGCACAUGUUUGACUCUGGAUCGUUUAGAUCAGAGUCCGAAGCGUAUGAUCCUAGUUUCGAGAUACCUCAAAGUGGCACAGGCCCAUAGAAUGUCACUAUUCACGCGCGAGUACUGAUCGCGGGAGAAUGGUCUCGCAUACAGUGCAACGACGACGGUCCAGUACAGUCAUGUAACUUACACAUCGAGAUCAAGAACCGUCCCACGUGACCGCGUAGUUUCUUUGACAGUGACACCGCGUGCUAGUCUCCCUAAGGCAUCCGCUGCGAUUCAGCGCGCUCGUGCCUCACAGGCUGAUCUGGCGUCUGCUUUUUGAUGGGGGGUGCUUGUCAAUGG